AUGGCACGGAUAAUGGGCUCCUCACACCCAGGGUAUCUAGCCCUGCUGGUGUGCUGUCUCGUACAGCCGGGGAUGUUCUAUUACUUCGAGAAAGGUUUCGAUCAUUUCUACACGUAUUCAUCAAGGUCCGACCUUUUCGGCAUGCAUCAUUUUACGACAAUAAUGAAGUUCCGCAUUCGUCCCGUCAAUCAUUCAUCGGAGAAUAUGCACUCAUUGAUUUUAGAUAGUUUUGUGCAGCAUUCCGAGGAUGGUUACAUCGCCGAAAACCCACAGCAAUGGAAUUUAUCGAAAAGAUUCUAUUUCCGGCUGAAUAAUGACGGCACGGUUGCCAUGGUGCACUAUGAGCACACUGAUGACGAUGAAGUGAUAGCACUGAAGAAAGUACUGACUAGUACUUUGUCAGCUAAGGCUAACGUUCAUCAGACACAUCCAAGUAUGUUUGUAAAUCGGGAAAUAGACCAUGCUGGUGACCUAGAACAUGAGUACAAUGUGACACGUGGUUCACAGGGCAUCAUAGUGAGACGAUCGCACAACAGCACUGCCGCUGUCCACAGAAACCACAACAAGAUUUUCCACGAAUUUCCUCCAAUGCAGUUUCAAAGCUUCAUCUCACAAAGAAAAGAUGCCGCAAACAGAACUGCAUGCGUACGUCAUCUGCGGUCAAUGAUCCUUGGUCUGCAAGAAAAUGACUACCAGGCACUGACUACGCGCGCCUUAGGUGUGGUCUGUGACGUCAAUGAUACAGCUUGUGAUGACCAGCGUUCAUUGUUUAUCGAUGUCGUCGGUGGAAAGGGAGAUCCAUUUUCACAAAGAUUGCUCUUGGAGUAUUUAACACAAACUGCAGAUUCAAACGAGAAAGAGGCGUUUAGAAUACUCUUUCAUUUAAUCAACUUAGAACAGCCACUACCUGAUCUAAUUCUGGAGAUUGAGCGUCUUUGUUUUGGAAGGAACUAUGAGUUUCAUGGAAGCGAUGCUUUGACAAAGACACAGAGAAGAGCGUGUUUAACUUUGGGGUCCCUAGCUAAAGUUGUCAAGGAGACGGAUCCACAGAAGUCAGAAAACAUAAUUUCAAGGAUGGAAACUUGGCUAGAACUUCAUAACGAAACUAAAUCGGCACCGAUUCUUCAACAAAGAAAGAAACGAUCCGUAACAGAAGUCGACCACCCAAGAAUGAACCAUAUCGUCACUAAACUGGUCUUCAUCAACUCACUAGGAAAUUCGGGAAUGGAGCGGUCUUUAGAUCAUAUACUGUCUUAUCUACAACCUAACCAGGGGACGUCAGCCUGGAGACGAGCAGCCGUACUCAGUCUACGACACUACAGGUGUAACAAGAGUGCCAAUGCCCUUCUGCAUACAGCGUUGUAUGAUGAGCAUGACUUGGUAAAGGAUAUUUCAUUGAAGGCCUUUUCUCAUCACCCUAGAGGACAGACUCUUCUCCCUGAACACUAUGAUAUGAUAUUAACAAAAAACUACUCGUACCCUGCUCUAAUGAGGCUUAAACGAGGACUAAUUGAUAUCGACCUGACGGGUGGGUUUCGUAUGGCCAUCACGAUACCCGGGAUCAAUUGGGAAAAGACUAUUGGCACAGACGACAUUGGAGCUGCUUUUGGACUCAAUAUCAGAAAUAGGAUGGAGCUAGAGCUCAAGCCUCUUCGGGGACACUUUCUUAUCGACGCUUACAACACAGCCUUUAUAAAGGCUUACUGUGGUCUCUUGAACAUACACAUCGACGUCUUUAAUGCCUUAGUCUGUUAUCAAGGUCACAUUGGAUACGACCUUAACGUUCUCAAGGAUUUCGGCAUAAACAAUGUUAAGGACUUGGUAAAUAUUUUUGACACCAUAAUGAAAAAUACUGUAGACCCCAUCAAAAGAGCUGUGAACAACUUCAAACAAAUGGUACAGACGUUCCGAGACGGAGGGAUUCAGAAGUUGUUUAGUAGUCUUGUUACGGCAGUGAAGAACCUACCGAAGGUGAUCAAGGCUGCUGCUGAUAAGUUUGUAGCACUAAUGCGAAAAGUGGCUGACUUUGGGGGACUACCCUGGCUGGAUGACAUUAAACGACUCGUAGUUCGUGUCAAAACCUUCAUAGAAGAUGUCAGAGAUGAUAUCAUGGGAUUUUAUAACACGGUGGUGGAUGCAGUGACGAUCACCUUACCGUACAUAGGCAAGCAGCUGAUGGAUUCCAUCGCCACUAUCGUUUCCGCGGUCAAAUCUGUACUUUCUAAUCCAUCACAGGCAAUGUCGGGAAUGACACAGGCACUUAUGAAUAUAAAAAUGGCAAUAUCCAUGUUUUUAGAUGUCAAAAAUCAAGUACUCGAUGCAUGCUUUUUCAUGAAAGGUAAAACGCCAUACUGGAUGACCAUUGGUGACGAGGUGAGCGGUAUAAUAACGGAUGUAAAAGAUUUUAUAGAUCGACUAUCACGCCCUGGCUCUGAUGGAAUAGUUGGUUCUACCAUUGAUCGUGUUUCUAUGGCAGUGUCAGAUGGUAUACAACACAUGGAGGAACAGGCAGAUGUUAUAAAAGCUGAACUAAUUGAAGACUUUAAAGAUGCCAUGGGACCGCUUGGUACUUUGUUUGAAGUGGCAAAACCAGUGAUAGACACGUUCCGUUCAGUUAUGGAUGUCGUUCAAGGGAUCAAGUCAACGUAUGAAUUCCUGCGAGACAUGAUCAUCAAAGCUAAGUCGAUGAUACAGAAGAUAUUCGGUCCAAAAUUUAAUAUAAAGUUUCCUACACGGCGUCGUGAAGAGAACGCUCAAUGUGGCCAAGGCGUGUGGCCUACAGAUACUGCAGGGAUGUACAAAACCACGGGAGUGGACGUCCAUCUCAACAGAGGGUCAAAAAUUCCCUGUCCAGUGAAUGGAAUGGUCUACAAGAAAUCAUCAACACAGCUCCUUAUAAGACCUGCUGACGCAGACUUUCUGAGGUUCGAGAUAAUUCUAGACAAUGUCGAAGCUGAUAGGUAUGUUUCCUCUUACGGAACGUUUUUUGAAGCUGGGAAAAAGAUAGGAAAAGCACGAAGAUCCGCAUGCUCACCGAAUUUUAUCCAUGUAGCUAUGAGGCUGAGAACUUCAGGUCCUUCACUACCAGACGAGGAUCAUAGCUAUGUAGACCCCUCUCCAUAUUUGGACAGACUUGUGCCAAUGCCACAGUGGAUAGAAGAGUGCAAUGAAUUGUCAUUGAUUAUAAUGAAUAAAGUAAUUGAAGUUGGAGCCCUAGAUGAGGAAGGUGCAGAGGAAGAGGUUGAAGAAGUCGAUAGCAAUAUUAGCGACAACGAUAUCAAUAAUAUGGAUCCAGAAAAAGAGCCGGCCUAUAAACCGGACAUUAACUCCGGUUCAUCACAGAACGUUGGUAGCAGUUUUCUGAGCGGAAUGAAGGAUUCUUUGUCUUCUUUUUCCGACCUUAAAAAUAUGUUUUCUGGAGACAGUAUGAAAGUACCAAACAUCCUUGACAUAGUAGAUCUCAAACAGUUUACUGUUUCCAAAGUAACUGAUAUUUUGAGUCCUGGACUAGCCGCAGAUUUUAAGAACAUCAUACAGAAACUUGCAGGGACGGUGAAUAAGAUGCCUUCCCUCCCAGCUGGAUCCUUAUCUAUACCACAACUGAGGAACGUUCUCGGCAGUGCCGCAGCAGGGCUAGGCGACAAGUAUUCCAUGAUUUCAAAGCUGUUCUCAAUGACAGAAAGUAAUUGUCCAACAUUUCGUGAUGGCCUGAACAAAGGACUUGGACAUUUAUGUCAGGCCCAUGCUGACUGUCUGGGUUUAUCGUGUGAACUGAUGCUGCCGUAUGGUUCAUUAGUAAAAAUGGUCUCUGUCGAUAUCAGUGUGAGACCGUGUGAUGGGAGACUCCUAGUAACAUUAAAUACGGAAAACAAAGACAUCAGUCUAGAUGGCCAUGUUUAUCAUAUUCAUUUGAUAACAAUUGCUGGACUCAGCGCCGAACUCAUCAUAAACGGUGACGUUAUUGAUAACGUAGUUGUAUUGAGCGCUGAAGCAACCAUCUGCCAUGACGAGUAUCUAUCAUGUCUAGUACGAAUAAAGAUCACAACCGAUAUCAAAUUCCCAAAGGUUGACAUCUGCGAUGACAGCAGCGUUGGACGAGAAAUCGAUGUCCCUACAGCUGAGAUAGAGAAUAUGGCACUUGGAGAUAUGAUAUUUGCGAUAUCUCAAAACGACAUUAUGGAUGUCGUUGAUUUGCAGCUCAUCGGGAAAAUUCGGGAUGCUGUGGUGUCCGAGCUUUUCAAAAAUCCCAAAGGCAUUUUGAAAAUCUUGGGAGAAGAAUUUCAAGAUAAAUUGGAUUUCUGUGUCGAUGUGGACGUUCCUAUUGAUCCAUUGUACGUUGAAUUUUUCGACUUUAAAAGCACAUUCCCGGUUGGGCCAGUUCCGUUAUCUCUAGGUUUUGGAGCUGGCGGAACACUAAGUCUGGAUGUUACGCUAGGAGUCUGCUUCCUCAGUAUGAAGGCAAGCGCCUAUAUAUAUCGAGUUAGUAUUGUUGUUUCGUUUAUGCGUCUGCAUUACCUUAUCAUUUUUAAGGUGACUGUUACACCCAGAGUUGGCGCUAGUGUAUGGGGUACAGCAGGCCUAGAUUUGGGCUUUGCUAGAGGAGGGAUUAAGCUUGUUGGCUAUUUAUUGGAAACGAAAUUUCCAAUUACAGCGAGUAUAGGAUUCAGUAAAUUCCCACUGGAUGUAUCAGCGAAGAUGGACCUCAUUCUUGUGCCAUUGAAGUUGGACCUGAGAGGUUUUGCUGAGCUGAAUCUUCUGAUAAAGAGAGUGACCGUGUUUGAUAAGAGUAUAUGGUCGUAUACAACACCAACAAUUGAACGUAACAUAUUUACGACACCUAUGAUAGGCACUGAUUCUUCCCCACCAGAAUUCCCACCGAACACUGUAGGGUCUAGAAAAAGGCGUGAAGGUCCCAGAGGGUGCCUGCUAGAACAGGUUAAAUUCCGAAGUCCUCUUGAUGCUGCCUUUAAGCUAGAAGUAUCUACGCUUGACGAAACGAGCCAAGUUAAACUAUUUUAUGCAAUCGGUACUCAGCGUGGCGGAACCAAUGUCGUCGAUUGGACAGAAAUGGGUGGUGCAUCUCUCUUAGUGCCUACCAACGAUCUGCCAAGCGGUUUACCUCUUUACUGGACAGUGAAAGCUAGGAAUACACAAGGUCUGGAAGCAUUUUCCUACUGUAUGUUGCCAACAUAUGAUACGUCUGUUCCUGAUGGUAGAAUAGACCCUUCCUAUUCGUUCUCCAGUCAUCCGAACAAGAUAAGUGGUACAGUGGUAGUAUUUGAUGAUAGCACAUUGGAACCGUCUCAUGAAAAGGCAGUUGGUUUUAGUUCCGGUCAGUUUGGAAGCGAAUUUGUACCAUGGGACUCUCUUGAUAUUGACAAGACCACAAUUCGAGAUGGAGUUAACGACGAGCUAAAGUAUUUUAGUGUACCUCGAGACGGAAAAUUGACGGCGCAAAAUUUUAAAACGGCUAAAACACGCUCAGCGGUUGAAUGCGCUAAGCUCUGUUUAGAUUUUUCCAUUAAGUGCGUUUCGUUUGAUUAUGAAUAUCACUCCGAAAUUUGUGACAUGCACGAAGUUGUAGAGGGACCAAGCGCUUCACUACGACUAAGCGGAACAUAUAAGAAUUACGAACGACUUGGCGUUGGUCAUAGCUCAUACAUCCAGUAUGAUAAUUUAAACCUAUCUCACGCUACUGUAUAUUACAUAAAUGCUAAAGUGACCAACACGAUGGGAUACACUGCGUACAUCACAUCACUGGGAACAACCGUAGACUUCACUCCGCCAUUCACAGGUCAUUUAGGAACAGCUGCCAGGAUAGCAAUGCACGCAAGUGGGUGCUCAGCAGCCGUUACUCAAAGAUGUGUUGAGGUCACGUGGAGAGAAAACCACAGGAUGAUUGUUGAUGACAAGGAUUCAGAAACUGUGUUUAAUGGUCAUAAACCUCUCCAGGAUGAGAUAUACACUUUAAACAAUCAUCUUGCCUCAGUAAACUUUGAUGGUUUCCAUGACGACGAGAGCGGCAUUUGGGGAUAUACCUGGAUGGUUGGACAGUUAGUAUGUACACAGGAUGUUGUAGAAGAAUCUGAUCCACAUAAGCAUCACUCAAGUGAAAAAUACUGGACACACAGCGGCUAUGAAAAGAAUCUUCACCUCCAGGAUGGCCCAUAUUUCGUCACUGUUAGAGCUCUUAACAACGUUAUUUUCGGCGGUGCUCUCGUUACAACAGUAUGUCACAGCACGCCGUUUACGGUUGAUACCACAGCACCAAUAUUUACAAAAGUCCUUGAUAUAUUCUAUGACGAGGAUUUUGAUAUUCUCGCAGUUUAUUUCAACGCUUCCGAUCCCCUUUCUCACCUUGCAAGAGUGGACUUUGGACUUGGCAAAACAAAACAUGACGUCACAAUUCGAGGGUAUGAACUGCAGACAUACGUCACAAGAGACGAGCCAUUUGUGGUUGUUGAACACCUCGGGCUUGGUCAUGGAGUCCCGGCUUGGUUACGUCUCAGGGCAGUCAACAAUGUUGGUCUAAAUACGGCGCGACACGGAGAUGAACAGAUCUUAAUUGACUUAACCCCGCCGAAUGUGGGUGUAGUCCUUGAUGGGGACAAACUCGACACAGACAUAGACUACCAGUGGGAUACCUCCAUCAUGUGUGCUGAGUGGGUCAGGUUUUAUGACGAGGAGUCCGGUAUCAGAGACUACAUAUGGGGCGUUGGCACUACACAAGGAGCAGAUGAUGUUGUCAAGUUUCAUAAUUUGACUCACCAUUACAAGCGUUCUUGUGCCGGUGAUUUAGAUUUGAAGCAUAAUACGACGUACUAUUCGACAGUAAAUGCAUACAAUGCAGCUCUCAACUCGAAAAGUAGUAGCGGAACGUCAGACGGAGUUCUUAUUGACAUUACACCGCCUCUACCUGGUGUGGUUUUAGACGGAUCGGUUACAGGAACGGAUAUUGUUUUCUCGUCUGAAACGGCUACAAAAUCCUGUAAUUGGAAUAAAUUUGCUGAUCCAGAAAGUCACAUAUCGAAAUAUGACAUUUCGUUAUACAUAAAUAGGAAACAUAUCCAGACUUUUGCGGUAGCUGAACGUACACAAUUCACAGAAAGAUCUAUCGCAAUGAAUCACAGGGAUGAGGUUGAGUUUGUAGUGACUGCAGCGAAUGGGGCAGGACUUACAGUAGAUGUGACCUCCGACGGAUUUCUGGUAGACCACACACCACCACUAAUGGAUCACAUCUAUGAUACAGAGACAAGAAAUCAUUACCAAAAUUUCAACGACCAUUUAGAUGUUUCUUGGUUAUUUGAAGAUGGCGAUUCAGGAAUAAAAGAAUAUAGAUAUUUCAUUAACAAACAACAUCAGGGUGGUAAGCAUAAAUCAUGGCCUACAAAUUCCUCCUACCUGACAACAGAUCCCUCCUUAAACGAUGGGCCGGUAAAAAUGAAAAUUGAUGAACUGAAUCUAGAAAAUGGUGCAAUGUAUUCAAUUGUUGUAACAGCCGUAAACCAUGCUCUUCUAUCGACCACGCACGAAUCCUUUGGGGUAGUAGUUGAUAGAACAGUACCAGUACUAACAAAGGUACAUAUAGGACUUCCAAUGGAAGACGAGGAGAUUGAUGAAUUUGACAGAGUGUUACAUGUUGAUCCUAACGUUUUAACUGUAAGUUGGGUAGGCCAGGACCCGGAAAGCGGAAUUAACAAAGUUUAUUUAGGAAUCGGGACGUCACCCGGAGAUCUAUCAACCACUGGAGAUUUUUUAGAAUUCAAAGGAACCGAAAAUAUACUAACAGUAACUGAUCUUGAACUAGAAACGUUUUCUGAGUCAAAUAUAGAGUAUUACGUAUCCGUCAAAAUUACCAAUCAUGCAGGCUGUGAAUCAAACAUCGUUUCAUCUAAAGCAUUCAUAGUUCUUAAAGCCAACGUACCGGGCCAAAUAUUUGAUGGCAGACAAGAAUCCAUCGACGAGGACUAUACCAUAGAUAGGGCUUCGUUAGCCGUAACAUUUGCUGGAUUUCAAAGUGAAGCAUGUGAUAUCAGGAAAUAUGAAUGGGCGAUUGGUUCUGAUGCCUACAAAUCAGACAUAUUGCCUUACACAGGAUAUGGACUAAUGGUUCACAACUCGUCACAUGGACAGGCUCAGAUACACAUGGAUUUUAUAGAGGGGGAAACCUACUACGUUACUGUGAGAGCACAGCCAGGACACAGCUGUCACGAAGAGUAUAUAGUGUCCUCAUCCGACGGGAUCAAACUCGACACAUCAGCUCCAGAAAUCCAUUACAUUGGACCUGAGGUGGGCGAUAUACACUAUGUACAUUCUGAAAACGUCUUCUAUCAAUCCAAUGUUGAUUCGCUAAAUAUCGUCUGGAACGUUUCUGAUGAUUCUGGUCUAGAGAUGAUGUCAGUCUCAGCCGGUAGCCUUCCGUUCCUAACGGACAUAAUUGCAACCGAGACUGUUGAGACUAUGGGUACGCCAGCAGGUUUCUUAUCACCCGAAUCCGGUGUAUCAACCUUCCUGACGUUAGGAGUAAAAGAUCCUGCUAGUAAUUACAAAGUAAUUAGCAUUGAUCCAGUUAUAGCCGAUAUAUCUCCGCCAACGGUUCGAUCUCUCGAAUGCACUGAAGCUAUAUCAUUAGACAGAUCUGUGGUAGCAUGUUCUUGGGAAUUCGUUGUCGAAGAUGAGAGUGUUGUGGAGUUUGUGACAAUAAACGUGUUUACCCCUCACAGCAAGCUACCAAUUGAACGCAAUCUACCGCAUGGAAGACGAGAAUGUGCUAUUGAUUUAGCAGAUUUCAUCCGUGAAACAUCGACAAAGGAAAUUUCAGUACAUUUGACAGUUUCAAAUGUUCUGCAUCAAAAUACGACUUACGUUCGUUCAGUCAAAGUGGAUGAUUCCCCUCCUUCAUCUGCGAACGUCAAAGUGGUAACAAAGAUAUCCCGUGACGAAAUAACAGUUCACCAGCGAUGCCAAAUCCCCCAGACAUUUGUGGAAGUGCUAGUUGAAGACGUUAAAGACGAAGAAACUGACAUUGAAGAGGUAGAGGUUGCAAUCGGUUCCUCGCCUGGACACACUGACAUCAGUCAUUAUAAAAACCUUUCUCCAACUGGUAAAAUAUUCAUUGGAAAUCUAGACAUCGGCCAUGGAGACGUUUUUUAUGCAACGGCAAGAGUGACAAACAGUGCAGGUCUGUCCAAAAUGUUUUAUUCGGACAGUGUAACGGUCAGUGUUAGACCAGUGUUGACUGUGGGCGAUGGAGGCCCGGAAGAGGACGAAGAUUACCAAAGUAAUCUGAAUACAAUCCGUGGUUUCUGGCGAUUCUCAGAUACAUGCCCUAUCGACAUGGUACAAUGGAGAAUCGAAGAUCUCGUGGGAAACGUUAUCAAAGACUUUGAAGAUGUUGUUGAAAAUUCGCAGGUAUUUUAUAAUGACGAAUUUAGCCUGAGGAAUGGAUUCACUUAUAUCAAUAUCAUAAAGGUAAGGGAUGCUUUAAAUCGAACCUUCAUGUCUGUUUCUGACGGUAUCACUAUCCGUAUCCAACCACCAAACCCAGGAGAGGUCCGCGACGGCUCGGAUGAAGACAUUAACUACCAGGAAAGUGUUGAAGAACUAUCUGCUAAUUGGGACGAUUUUGGGGACGACACGGGUGAUCCUACACAGACAAUUCGAUACUAUGAAGUAGCUAUUGGGGAUGACAAUCGUUAUUCGAAAACCAUAUCGAAUGUUCACUAUUAUGUUAAUGUAGGAUUAAAUCGAUCUCACACAUUUCAUAAUCUGAAUUUGACGGCCAAGGAUGUGACCUAUUAUGUAACCGUUAGAGGUCGUAGUAUGGCUGGCAGUCAAGAGGAAGCUUUCUCUAAUGGCGUCAAAACAGGAUUUAAAAACGAAAUAGUGCCUGGAUUAAUCGAAACACCAGAAGUUCAAUCGGACGUUUCGAAAAUAAUUGCAUCGUGGACGGAAUUUCAAUCCGAUAUAGGAAUAAAACGAUACCUUGUCGGAGUAUACAGCAAUGGUUACAACUUCAAUUUUACCAAUACCGAAAACGAAACCUCGCCAUGUGAAACGUUUCAUAGUGAAUUUGAACUAUUUAACGAGAAACCCAUAUCGUCAUAUGGACUAGAUACACUUGCAGAGAUAGAAAACCUUCACUUGAAACAUGAUCAUUCCUACUAUGUUACAGUUUUAGCUGUGAACGAGGCCAAUAUGUGUCGCUCAGUGACGUCAUCGCCUAUUUUGAUAGAUAAUACUCCGCCAGACCUUACGUCCAUAGUUUUACACAUUGGUAAGGUGGUAGACGAUAGAAAUGAUGAUAUAUUUGUUGAUAAUGAUGAUAGACUUGACAUCGCUUGGGAAAACAUUACUGAAAAUGAGAGUAGAAUUGAUUCUGUUGAGGUGACUUUAUACCAGAUGGCAGAUUGUGAGUCGAAAACUGUUUUUGCGGAGUUCAGGGUUGAUACAGUGUUGGUUACAGGAGAUACCAAAGCCACUUUGUAUCAGUUGCGAUUAUUGCCGAAGACAUUUUAUUUCAUAGAGUUGACUGUUGUAAACACCGCUGCUCUAAGAGCGUCGAUUAUUAGCUCUAGAUUCCGUGUUGAUUCAUCCGCCCCCUUAAGCGGUGAUGUAAAAAUAGCUCGCAAUUGGUACGAAACAUCUACAUUUCAAUCAUCAAAAGAAACAAUAACAUCAUGGAUCGCUAUCGCAAGAACACAAGAAGUCUUUGUUUGUCCGAAUGAAAGAGUGAGCUUUCCGAUCCACAUUUCAAGUGGCAUUUCCUGGGAAAAGAUGACGGGUUCAUACAGUGCGGAAUUCGUCGAUUUUACCCAUACCCAAGCCACACUUAAAGUAGGGUAUAACACAGCCCAGACCAAGUUUCUAAGAAGUGGAAUGGAGAGUGUAGCGGUUUCUCUUAUACCAGGAGAUUAUACUGUCUCGCUAAGGGCAGCAAGAGGUAAUCACAUCAUAUCAAUAGUUUCUUUUGGAUCGGAAUCUCAACUUUUCCCGAGGAAUUAUACUCCACCACAAAGAACAAAUAUUGGUGAAGUGAUCUUCAAUAUGACGAUACCAGUGGAAGAGGCAGAAGUUCAAACUAACUUAUCAACCACACAAAAACCUACCACACUAACGAUGCCACAGACUUCCUCAGCCUUCAGUACCCCUCAAGCAGACAGGAACUUUACAGAUACCGAUUACGGGGAGCUACCUAGUCCUGAAAGGUUUGGUUUUGGAUUAAGUAUUAUUGGAACACAACAAAAUGGAAGUGAUAUCUGGGACGCUAUGUUUUGGGUGGUCGGCCAAUAUAAAAGCUUUGAAGAAUGGAUCACAUUGGAUGCAGAUCCGUAUGAAUCUGAAGGGAUUGUUAGAUUUUCAUUGGAAACAGAAUAUGUGCGUGGCGAAGAAAAACAUAACAUCAACUUAGCUGUGAACGGAGUCAUCAAAGCGAUUGCGAACGGAAUGACUUUUGGGGACAGUGUAAAGGCUUUUGUUAGCAUAGUAAAUGAUAACAAUUAUGAACCGGGGAUCGAAAACAUAUUUGAACCGUUCCGAACUGAGGCAGUAGUGACAAGUAUUUUGAUUCCGGCCGACCAGGAAAAGCCCUGUUUGCACGGCUCUGGAUUUUACGACGGGGAGAGCAGUAUAAAGGAGAUCCGGGUAGGGGUCACUGAUAAUGACAACUCGAUCGAUGAUAUCUCUUCCAUGCGACUCUACCAGUCAUUGUGUUUGCCGUGUGAAAAGGAAUGUUUGAAAAACUGCCCCAAAACAUGUUUACCUGGAGACUUUGAUUUAAUUGAAAUUGAAAUAAAUGGCUUGAGUUUAUUGCCGACAAUAGCAUCUUCAAGGAAUGGAUCUGAAAACGAAUUUCAGAUUGAGGAGACACAUACAUAUUACGUUACCGUCGAAGCAGUGAAUUUUGCAGGACAGCGAUCUAUAUCAAGAUCUAAUGGUAUCAUGGUGGAUACGACCCCUGCUAUGUGUGAGUAUGUCAAGUGUUUAGACCCCGUUAACAACAUGGACGAGCCCACGGAGUAUAUAGGAUCAAACAACACGGUAGCAGCGUACUGGUCUUGUUUCGAUGCAGAGAGUGAGGUGUAUUCCUACUCUGUUGGUGUUGGCAAGUCGGAAAAUACUGCCGAUGUCUACAAUAUGACAAAUGUUGGCUUGGCAACAGAAGGUCAAAUAUAUCUCGACGAUGGUAAUAUGUUUACUCAUGGAGAAACAUAUUAUUUCAUUGUAUGGGCAUAUAACGCCGCAAGAACAAUUGGCAAGUUUUCUUGUAAGUUCAAUGUAGAGUUGUAUCCUCCAAAUGUUAAGAACGUAACGUCGAAGUCUUUAUUCGAAUACCAUCCAGUAGAUGGACUUGGGGAUCCCAUUUUAGAUGUAUCAUUCACAGAGCUUGAGGACAGUGUCGGUGUGGCUUGGAACAGCGAGGAUGAUAUCGCUGAUGUAUACGAAUGGGGUAUCGGAACAAGUGAAAACAAGUCUGAUAUCCUUCCCAUGAUCAAGGCUGGCAUGACAAAGACUGGAAAUGCGGAGAUAAUCCAUGGACAUUUUUGGUUCAAUGGUACCAAUAUGAAUUCAACCGUAUCCAGUUUCCGGGAUCAACCUAACGACACAACUGAUGGGUCUACUUUCCUGUUGGAGCCAGGUCGUUGUCUGCAUCACUCGCUCGUGGCUGUCGGAAGAUCUCGCCUGAGAAGUGCCGUUCCUAUGAAGCCUACUUGCAUUACUCGCAAGUCAUUCAUUUUGUUUUUUCGACUCUGUUCUGCUCUCAUAGGGCCUACUGAUUUUCGACUUACCUUGAAUGAAACUGAGAAAGUUACACUGAUGAUUAUGUCGGAUGGAAACAUCCAGAAGCUGAAUGGAACAUCAAUCUUGGCGGAUGAUGCCAAAGCACUUAUCGAAAUCGAAGCACAGCGCAGUGGUAUUAUGGUCGGCUCUCUUACAAAUGAUGACGUCAGUAAAAAUUACGGAACCGAUGCAUCGGACGAGUUUUCCUCUUCAAUAGUCGAUCCGAAAUCAACAAUUAUGUAUACAUCAAGACUCCUCAAAAACAGAUUGCAGGCCUAUCAAGGACUUUCCUUUUUCGUUUCCCCGAUGCCAGUGAUCGAGUCAUCUGAGUUCGAGAUAAAGAUCAGCGUCAAGCUUAACUCGACAGACUAUGAUAACGAUACUGUUCCCGCUCUGGCUGUCUGGAACAACCUGAACACUGGAAGCGGGGAAUGGAUGCAUGUUCAGGAGGAAUGUAAUCCCGAAAGCAUCAGUAACCUAGGAAACCAUACAUAUCUCAUCACACAGGUAUGCCAUAAUACUCUUAUUGGUAAGGGUGAAGAAGGCAAUGCCAGAAAGAAACGCGACGCUGCCGCUGAUGCUAAAGUUCUUACGUCACCAUACCAGUUUGGACUAUUUAAGAUGCGAAGCAGUUGUGUUAAUACAGCGCCCACUAUCACCACUACCAUUAUAUACACCACGGAAGACACGCCCGUCAUACGUCAUAAAUUGAUAUGGUCUGAUGCUGAAAACGACACGUUAACAUUCUCUAGCAAACAACCAUCAACGGGUCAAGUCAUAGUUACAGCCGACGGCUACUUGACGUUCACACCACGCCAUGAGUUCUCUGGAUAUGUAGAAAUUGAAAUUGAAGCACAAGAGACAUCACUCUGCAGAAAUAGCCAUUCUCUUUCAAAAGUAAUUACAAUGGACGUUAAGAAUGUAGAUGAUCCACCUGUAGCAGGCUUCCUGUCCCACGAUAAUAACUUCACAUUAGCCGAUCAUUUAUAUGCAGAAAUUGUUAUAUUCUUAGAAGGUAACAAUACCGAACAUCACGUUGGAUCUCUGCUGAUGGUAGAUGCUGACAUCGGAGAUAGUCUGAGGUUAGUUAGUCGUAAAAUGAUUUCAACAGAAGCACUUCUUAUCCAGGUAGACUCUUCUGAUUCAUUGGUACCAAACAACACAUUUACUACUUUACAAAGCGGGACAUAUAAGCGUACUGAUUUUAAACUGAAAACUGAGAUAGAUUUCCACGGACAUUUACAUUAUCAAAUGCUUGGAAGUGAUCGAGGUGGCCAAAUGACAGCUAGACUAGAUUUGCAUUUAUUUGUGCUAAUUUCGCCUUGUAACUAUGGUCGCUGCUCACAAACGGACAUCAUAGGUGCCUUCCCAUGCAAUGACAUUGUUAGGGCCGCCAGUUUUGACGCGUACACGUGUUUGUGUGAUGCUGGAUACCAUAAGCUGUGGUGCGAUGAGGAAAUUGACGAAUGUGCAGACGAGCCUUGUCCUCCUUUGUUUGACUGUACGGAUCAUGUCGCCUUCCAUACAUGUGACAUUAACGCUGGGUACCUGGCCGCUAUUUUACUAUCUUCCGGUGUGGUCGUGAUUGGUGCAUGCAUCCUUGUCGUGUACCGGUACAAAAAGAUGAAGAAAUACUCUGUAGUUAACAGUACGUGGAGUUUGGGUGAUGAAAUGUGGACUCAAAAACCAACAAGUCAGCAUCACCUGAGUAUGGGAUCAACCAGUGCUAUCCUACUUGAUUCAAACUUGAUAUCGGAGACGAGUACCGAUGACCCAGUCGACAUACCAGAUGUUAUACCUCCAGCAGACCAAGAUCAGAUUGAUUCGAAACACAGACCAAUUAAUCCACCAAGACGGGAUACGACUCCGCUGCAGCUAGAUAGCGAGCUUCUGUCACCAGGAAUGAUGCGCAAUCCGCUGGAAAUGAAAGGUUAUCAGUCCAUGUUUAAACGUCCACGGGUUGGUGUCGAUACUGUUAAGAUGGCGGACAAACAACUGGCUACAGUUGACGUAUAACAUUUUUGUUAUAAAUCUACAUUCAAUUCGCCAAUAGUUCACUCUUUUUAUGUACUAAUCAGACACGCUGCCCGGUUUAUUGAUUUUUGUCACGGAUCGCUAUGUAUUGCUAUAAUGAUAAGUCAAUUAACACUUUUUUGUUCCAUAUUCAUCGAAUAUUCGUCGUUCACGUCAAUGCAAAACAAAUAAAUUAAAUUAAUGAAAAAUUAUGAGUACGUACAUGAAUGUAAAUGCUUAAAUGUAGACACUUCAAAAUGUAUUUGUUUAAAUUUUCCAAGAUUAAGUUUCAAAGUUUCUUUAUAACUCACAACAUUAACAAAGUGAUUUAAGACAAAUAACACCAGUGAUUAAAAUGAUACCAAUGCAUAUGCUUAAUAAAUUCUACGCUGACAAAUAAAAAAUGAC